CGGAUCAUAUGAUAUAUUUUUCUGAGGUAUAUUGAGGAAAUCAUUGGGUAUUUAAACCAGUAUAUAUACUAUAUACUAUAUAGUGCAGAUAUCCCUCUCCCUCCCCUCCUCUCCUCUCCUCUCUCUCUCUACAAUCCUUCUUACUCCUCCAACAAAGUCUCUUCCAAAACUCCCUUAGCUUCCACAACUCCCAAACAAAAUGGACUUGAAACAAUUGAUUGGAAACCACACCGAUGUCUUCCUAUCCUUCGCAAAACGAGUAUCUCAAUCCGAAUCCAAAGACUCAAACCUUGUUUUCUCUCCCCCCUUGAUCCACGUCGUUUUGGGCUUGAUCGCAGCUGGAUCCAAAGGCCAAACCCAAUCCCAAGUACUUUCUUUCCUUAACUCCAAAUCCACCGACGACCUCAACUCUCUCACCUCCCAACUUGUCUCCCUUGUCUUUGUCGAUGGCGGGCCCACUGGUGGCCCAACGCUGUCGUACGCCAAUGGGGUUUGGGUGGACCAGUCGCUUUCUCUUAAGCCUUCUUUCAAAAAGGUGGUCGAUACUGUUUAUAAAGCGUCUUUGAAUCAUGUCGAUUUUCCUACUCAGGCUGAUGAGGUGACCAAUGAAGUGAACCAGUGGGCUGAAAAGCAGACCAAUGGGCUUAUCAAAGAAGUUCUUCCUUCCGAUUCAGUCGAUGAUUUAACCAGACUCAUCUUUGCAAAUGCACUCUAUUUCAAAGGAGCAUGGACUGAGAAAUUCGAUGCGUCGAAAACCAAAGACCAAGACUUUCACCUCCUGAAUGGGAGUUCGGUUCGAAUACCCUUCAUGACAAGUAAGAACGACCAAUUCGUUAGCAAAUUUGACAGUUUCAAAGUCUUAAGGCUUCCUUACAAACAAGGUGAAGAAAAACGCGGAUUUUCUAUGUACGUCAUUCUUCCAAAUGCAAAAGAUGGUCUUUCCGCUUUAAUGGAGAAAGUGAGUUCCGAAUCAGGGUUCUUAGAUCGCCACUUGCCACGCCGGAAAGUAGAAGUGGGUAUAUUCCGGAUCCCAAAAUUUAAAUUCUCCUUUGGCUUCGAAGCUUCUGAAGUUUUGAAGGGAUUAGGGUUGGAUUUGCCUUUUUCCCCUGGAGAAGGGGAGCUAACAGAGAUGGUGGAAUCCACUACUGUUGGUCGAAACCUAUACGUUUCGAGCAUUUUCCACAAAGCUUGCAUUGAAGUUAAUGAAGAAGGCACUGAAGCGGCAGCCGCUUCCGCUUUUGUUGCGAAGGUGUGUUGUUAUGUAGAGCCGAUAGAUUUUGUGGCCGACCACCCUUUCUUGUUUGUAAUUAGAGAAGACAUGACUGGUGCAGUGCUGUUCAUUGGCCAAGUGCUUAAUCCCCUUGCGGGUUGAUUGAACCUGAUCCGACGCAGUGAGGUAAAUGUGUAUGUCGAUCGAUGAAGCCCAACACAUAUUGAGCUUGUAGUGAGUUUUAAUUUCGUCAUUUCGUUUUUUUUGGCUUGGCAAUGCUUGUAUUUUGUUAAUGGUGAAAACAUACCUGGUAUAUAUACUAUGGUGUGGGCAAUUUGUGAUUUCUGAUACUCCUUCAAUGGUAUUGUAAGUAGCUGUUUGAUAUAUACCUAGCAUUUUCUCGGUUAA